AUGGGCAACGGCAGCAACGAUCUCGUGGAAACCACCAUAGUCUGGCCAGACGCCAUUCCAGAAGUUCGGAUAAGUGCUGAGGGCUCCGACAGAUACAGCGUGGUCAUGCAGCUUAACCUGGACGACUGGCAAAUCAACUCGGACAUGUACGAGUGUGCCAGCGAUGGCAACGGCAAUACCAACAACGUGGUAACUGUGACUUUGAAUGCCAGCUCGAGCGGGCAUGUAGUUAUUUCAGAUGAUCAGACACCACUGCUAAGCACACGAUCAAGCAAUAUCGAAUCGCCGCCCUCAUAUUCAGAUCCCGAAACCAACACAGACACCCUCGAGCAACAGCAACCAAGAGAAGAGCUCGACAGUGCUACGACAACGGCAACAACAACGAAAAUGACUCGGCGCUACAUCAUCGGCACAGCCUUAGUAAUAUUGUUUACGCUUAUUGGCGUAGCUAGCGGAAUGCUGUAUUAA